AUGAUAGGUUCUCCGGGAGUUGUGGAUAGCAUGGAACUCGGGUUUACAGCACUGUCAGCUAAUUCCUUUUAUCAGAAUAUCUUAUCAAAAAGUAUGAUCUUCAACCACUCCACAAAGGUUAAGGUCAUUGGGGCCUGUUUGGUGUCGCCGUAUCGAGGGCGCAUAAGAAAAUGA